ACAUAAAUUCAAUAGAAGAGAGAAAGCAUCCAUAUAUGUUCCCAAAGUGAGUGAAUCCCCCUUCAAACUAAAAGACACCACACCACAACCACAACACAACACAAGCAAGAAAUUUCAGUGACUGCAACAACAAAAACAACCAAUUGGCCACAAAACAUAUUCUUCACCUUAUUACCAAGUAUAUCAAGACCGCUUAAUUGGUAAAACCAAAGCACUUUCCCCCCAUAACAAACGUGAUCAAGACACUCAUAAAUUUCACCACUACUUAGCCCUCAUGCAUCACAACAUCUCCAACAAUCAUUCCUUCAUUGUGACCAAAUUAGCCACCAACAACAUCACCACCACCAACAUGAACUUUUUCUCCCUCAUUUUUUUCCUCUUGCAACACGUCCACAUCUUUGAACUCACCAUUGCAACCGCAAUGUUCAUAGCCCUUAGAGCUUGGCGUUCUAAGAGGCACCAUGGCCUACCCAUUUGGCCAAUCCUUGGAAUGCUCCCUUCCCUUCUCUAUGGAAUCACAACCAACUUGUAUGAAUGGCUCAGUGAAGUCCUCAUCCGCCAAAAUGGAACCUUCACAUUCCAAGGCCCGUGGUUCGCUAGCCUCGACUGUGUCCUCACCUCCGACCCUCGCAAUCUCGAAUACCUCCUCAAAACCAAGUUCUCCUCCUUCCCCAAGGGAAGAUUCUUCAGGUACACACUUCGUGACCUGCUGGGAAACGGCAUAUUCAACGCAGACAAGGAGGCAUGGCAGCGGCAAAGGAAGACGGUGAGCCUGGAGUUCCACUCCACAAUGUUCAGAAACCUAACCGCAGAGUCACUUUUGGAGCUCGUCCACAAAAGACUCUUACCCUUGCUAGAGUCAUGUGUGAACAAAUCACGUGUCAUAGACCUUCAGGAUGUUCUACUAAGGCUCACUUUCGACAACGUGUGCAUGAUAGCUUUUGGCGUUGACCCUGGUUGCUCACAGCCCCACUUGCCAGAUAUUCCAUUCGCCACAGCUUUUGAGGAUGCAACUGAAACCUCAAUGAGGAGGUUCAUCACCCCGGUGUGGAUGUGGAAGUUCAUGAGGCAUCUCAAUGUUGGUGUGGAAAAGAGGUUGAAGGAGUCAAUAGAGAAGGUUGAUGAGUUUGCUGAGAGUGUUAUUAUGACAAGGAAAAAGGAACUUGCUUUGCAGCAUGACAAGUCUGAUUUGUUGACUGUGUUCAUGAGGCUUAAGGAUGAGAAUGGAAUGGCUUAUUCAGAUAAAUUUUUGAGGGACAUUUGUGUCAACUUCAUUUUGGCUGGGAGGGACACUUCUUCUGUGGCUUUGAGUUGGUUUUUCUGGCUUUUGCAUAUGAAUCCUCAAGUGGAGGAGAAGAUUUUGGCUGAGAUUUGUAGGGUGGUGCUUAGUCAAAGGGAAGGGUUAAAGAAGGAAGAGGUUGUUGUUGGGAGUUGUUUGGCAUUUAGGCCUGAGGAGAUAAAGAAGAUGGAUUAUUUGCAUGCUGCCCUUUCAGAAGCUCUCAGGUUAUAUCCUUCUGUUCCUGUGGAUCACAAGGAGGUGGUGGAAGAUGUGACUUUCCCAGAUGGAACAGUGCUAUUGAAGGGGACAAAAGUGAUAUAUUCAAUUUAUACAAUGGGGAGAAUGGAGAGCAUAUGGGGCAAGGAUUGCAAAGAAUUCAAGCCAGAAAGGUGGCUAAGAGAGAAUGGACACUUCAUGAGUGAGUCUGCUUACAAAUUCACUGCCUUCAAUGGAGGGCCUCGCUUGUGCUUAGGCAAAGACUUUGCAUACUAUCAAAUGAAAUAUGCUGCAGCCAGCAUCAUUUUCCGCUACCGUGUUAAGGUGCUGGAGAACCACCCUGUUGUGCCAAAGCUUGCUUUAACUCUAUACAUGAAGCAUGGCUUGAAAGUCAACCUUCAAAGGCGUGAUGCAGCAGAAAUUGACAAGUACUUCAAAGUUUAGAUAAUAUUAAUGAAUUGGUAAUUAAUAUUUGUUAUGAUUUAUAUAUAUGGGGGUGUGAGAAUUAUUUCUAUACGUUUUCCAGUUAUAAGUAAGGCUUGAUGUAAGUAAACAUAUAUAUAGACUUGGGGAUGCAUAAUAUUAAUGGAGGUUAUUCAGUGUGUUAUUUUAAAAAAUAAAAUAGAAGAUGUAGUUUCCUAAACUAUAAA